CAGGCAUUUUCGGGAAUUUUGGGUGAAAAUGGCGUCUGACCCAGACAAAAAAUCAUUUCUUCCUUCUUCUUCCAUCCGCACACCCGUCGCCGGCGACGUCGCCGUCGGCCACUCCGUCCCCCCUUUCUUCAGCUGGCGGCACCCGUUUUCUCCCCUCCCUUCUAUCCUUCUUUCCCUAUUUCUCUUCUUUCUCUCUCCAUCCAUUCCACCAUACCCAUUUUUCCUUUCCUCCAACUCCUGCUGCUACUCACUGCCGGCCAGCGAUGUCAUGCCGUCGGUGCCGCUCAUGGCUCGACUUCUUUCUCUUCGGGGAUUAGCCUUUCUUUCCUUUCUCUGAAUCCGACUUCUUUUUCUGGUUUCUAUUCGGGUCCUUUAGUUGCAGCACACUUUUCUCUUUCCAUGAGAAUCACAGUCGACUUGAAAAUAUACCUUGAAAUUCGAAUCCUUUCCAGUUCAUCACCGGUUACAUCUCUGUGAACUCUCUCAGUUUGCCUUCUCUUCAUCCAUGGAUCCUCUCGCAAAAUCCUUCAAUCCAAACAAACAUUUAAAAGAGCAAUUUGUGAGCAACUUGACAGGAUCGUCCAUUCUUGAAAUUGUUGCACUUUCGACCGUAGUCCCUAGUCUGAUUGUUCUGCGACAUUUGAUUGCCUUCCAUCGCCUAUUUGAUCCCUGGGCUACUGAGACCUCAUUGAAGAAAAGUGACAAUGCAACUGUUGUUUCUAAGAAUUCUUGGGCUUACAUGGCUACAAUGACAGUGGAUUUUCUUGUCAUUGUUCUUCCAAUCCUUUUAUUUUUAACUGUCCUAGCAGAAUGGACACAAAUAUGUGCAAUUUUGUUGAUGUUGGUGCUGCUCUUCUCUAUUGCAGCUAAAAGAUUUAUUUCUUCUCAUUAUUCUCUGGGGGGAGGGACCAAUUCCCUUAGGACAAAUAUUUCAUCAUACAGGGUUUCUAUGAUGAUCGUAACUUGCUUGUGCAUCUUGGCUGUUGACUUUCAAAUAUUUCCUAGAAGAUAUGCUAAGACUGAGACUUAUGGUACUAGUUUGAUGGAUCUUGGAGUUGGCUCUUUUGUACUGGGCAAUGCAUUAAUUUCACACCAAGCACGGAAUAUUGCUUCAAUGAAAUGGAAGACUGCACUUAAGUCUACUAGUCCACUAAUCCUUCUGGGGUUUGGUCGUCUGGUUUUUACCGCAGGUGUGGACUAUCAGGUUCAUGUGGGGGAAUAUGGAGUGCAAUGGAAUUUCUUUUUCACACUUGCUGCUGUGUCAAUUCUAACACCCAUAGUUAAUCUUCCCCCACAAUAUUGUGGAAUUCUAGGAUCCUUAAUUCUAAUAGGACACCAGAGUUGCUUGAUGAAUGGAUUAAACAUGUAUCUACUUUCAGACAAAAGGGGAUUGGACUUCAUUAGCCAAAAUAAGGAGGGAUUUUUUAGCAUAUUUGGAUAUUGGGGUAUAUAUCUGACUGGAGUCCAAUUGGGAAACUAUCUUUUCUUUGGAAAUCAUUCCACUACUAUGUGGAGAAGCAACAAAUGGGCAAGGACUAGAGUCUGGAUUCUUUCUCUUCUAUUCUGGUUAUUGACUGUGUUUCUUGACAGGCAUGUUGAAAGAGUUUCCCGUAGAAUGUGCAACUUGGCUUAUGUUACUUUGGUGUUGGCACAAAACCUACAGGUCUUGGGAAUAUUAAUGCUCUCCGAUUACAUCCCCGCAAGUGAAACUUCAGUACUUGAAAAAGCAUUUGAUCGAAAUUUACUGGGGUCAUUUCUUCUGGCAAACAUCCUCACUGGGCUGGUAAACUUGUAUGCGGAUACCCUGUUUGCCUCAUCAGCCAGAGCUCUAGUUAUCUUGGUGAUCUAUUCAUUCACUUUAUCUGCUGUCACUGGACUCAUGGAUUUGUAUGGCAUUAGGUUGAAGUUUUGGUAGAGACUGGGCCCUGCUUCACUGUAUACAACCAUAAUCUAUUAUUUUUACUGACAAAUCAAACUCAAUUGCUGAUUUUUGUAUUCAUGGAAUCAGCAGCAGUGUUUUUGGAAAUUGGCAGCCCAGAACUCUAAGGCACCUAAACAGAAUUGAUAUAUUACUAUGAGCGGUUCUUUGGAUUA